AUGCUUUUAUAGCUCCUCGCAUUUAAAAAUAAGAAUUUACUUAUUAGAGCUUUGACGAAUAAGAUUCAUGAACUGGAAUAUAAUUAAAAAUGUGACUAACAGUACAUCUAUGGUAAUAAUGAGGAUCUAGCAGUUGCUGGAUAACAAUUUCUUGAGUUUUAUUUCUAUGAUUUCAUGCUUCUAUAAGGGUAUAAUUCAAUUUAUAGUAUUAGAUAUCCUAAUCCUCUUUCAUGUUUUAAAAAGCCUAAUGAUAUAAUUUAACUAAGGUAGAGAUUGCUUAAUGAUUCAAAUUUAGCAGAUAUUGGGUUUUAAUUGGGUUUACCUAAAUUCUUGAAAGUUGGAAACUAAAUUCAUCUAAAGUAUGUUUCUAAUCUGUAUUUAAUUUAGGAAUAAUCAAAAAGUAUUGGCAGAUACUAUUAAAUCUUUGAUUGCUGCAUAAUAUUAUGAUAAAUAUUAGGAUUUAGAGUCUUUAAGAGACCUUUUACAUCCAGUGAUGGAUUUAUUAUUAAAUAAGUAGACUAUAGAAAAAAAUUUUUUUAUAGCAUUUAGUCAGAGUAAAUUCUCCAAACAAAAUACAAUCCUAAGUCCAAUUUUGUAGAGUAUUUAACUACAAUCAGAGAAGAAAUUGAAGUUUAACCAAUAUUAACAGUUGAAUGGAAAAAAAAUGAAGAGAAUAAUUUAUAGUCAAUGUUUUUAAUUACACUUGAUUUAUAAAUUAAAAACAAAAUGUUAUCUGAAGAUUAAAAAUUAAAAAUUUAAAAGUAAGGUAUUAGUAAGAGAAUUACUGAGUAAUAAAUUUAUUUAGAAGCUUUAUAAGAAUUAAAAAAUUGGUAAGAAACCUAAAAGAAUAAGUUUCUUCAAAUUUUAGAAUAAUAAUUUGAUGAUAAUAACAUUGCAUCUACUUCUGUUGAUUCAUAAUUUUUUAAUAAUACAAAUAAGUCUGUCUAUAAUUUUUUGGAGUAAUUUGAUAAUGAUGAAAAAUAGAAAGAAUUUUAUGAUUCAUUAUCAAAAGUGUUAACUUAAUUUGAAGAAAAGGAUGAAUUUUGA